AAGCAAAGCUGUCUGUCGCAGAAAUUACAGCAUUUUCUUUUAAAUCAAUCUUCAUUUUCUUGUGCUAAAAUGUGAAAUAAACUUUACAUGAAAGUUUGAAUUAUCCUUCCAUAUUAAAUAAUUUGAGAUUGUUGAAUGAAUAGUGUUGUGAUGAGUGUUCCAAGUUAUUUUGAUCAUUACUUCCGCUAUAUUUUUGAGUGAUAAGGCUGUAAAAUGGCAAAGAAGUCGGAGAACACUGGUGGGAAGCUGAUCACAUUAUCUGUAGUUGGACUUUCUGGUACGGAGAAAGAAAAGGGGCAGCUGGGAGUGGGAAAAUCUUGUCUCUGCAACAGAUUUGUACGCACCCACGCUGAUGACUACAACGUCGACCAUAUUUCCGUGCUCAGUCAGUCUGACUUCAGCGGGCGUGUGGUCAACAACGACCACUUUUUAUACUGGGGGAGCGUCCAGAAGGACAAUGAAGAACAAGAGUAUAGAUUCGAGAUCGUUGAGCAGACGGAGUUUGUCGACGACGCCUGUUUCCAGCCGUUUAAAGUCGGCAAAACGGAGGCGUACAUCAAACGAUGCGUGGCCACAAAGCUGCAGUCGGCGGAGAAACUCAUGUAUGUCUGCAAGAACCAGCUCGGCAUUGAGAAGGAAUACGAGCAGCGGACUAUACCGGAUGGGAAGCUGUCAGUAGAUGGGUUUCUUUGUGUGUACGAUGUGAGCCUCGUGCCGGGCCGAAGCUGGGAGAAGCAGAACGAAACUCUAGCCGCAAUACUCCAAAACAUUAUCAAACUGAAGAAACCAGUGGUCUUGGUCACCUCAAAGAACGACGAGGCCUGCGAACAAGGAGUCCGCGAGGCCGAACGACUGGUUCAAAGGAAGGAGUUCAAGGGAUGCAUACCAAUAGUAGAGACGUCCAGUCAUGAUAAUGUCAAUGUUGAUCAAGCAUUCUUUCUACUAGCUCAGAUGGUUGACAAGUGCAAGGCGAGAAUCAAGGUUGCCAACUAUGCUGAAGCGUUGCGGAUAAGGAGAGAGACGUUAGACUUCGUGACGGAGGCUUUCACGCAGCUCAUCAGGAUACACGUCCAAGAUCACAAGGAGAUAUGGUCCGCCGUUAGCAAGAGACUGUGCCAUCAUCCAGAGUGGGUGAAAUUUGUACAGCAGUUUGGAAACGAUGGUACCCAGGUUGUGUUCCGACGCCACGUCCGAAGGCUGAAGGAAGAGAAAUCCGCCAAGAAGCUUCGUAAACAACUAGCCAAGCUUCCACAAGUGUUGGCUCGAAUGCAACUACCCACUGAAGAGCUGAAUGAAAAUGAUUGGCCGAUGGUAGUUCGGCAGCUACGUUCCCACCGAGACUUCUCCGUGUACUUUAGCGGAGCCCGAUGCACUGAGUCGGGCUCCGAAUCAGGAUCCGACGAAAUCCAGCAUCAAGAUACUCUGCCGGUUGGAGAAAGAGCUAACAGAUAUCAGACGUUGGGACAGUCUCAGAAGAUCCCUUACGAGAUCCUGGAGACGAACGAGGCAGCUUCCGUCUUCAAGACUUUCUUACACGAGGCUCAAGAGGAACAGAGGAAUUACGAAUGGUGCCAACAGUUCAAGCGUCUCCUCGAAGAAACCGGCUACGUCACCCCUGGCAAACAACUCUCAGAAGUGAGAGUCCUGCUGAUGGGCAGAGAGUGUUACGAAGCUUUAUCUGAAGAACAGCAGCAGAGAGUGUAUGAUCAGCAUCAGAGGCACAUACAGCAGAGAGCCAAACAUAACUUACAGGAGCUUUUGCUCGAGCAUGCCGAUUUGUUCUACCACUUCAAAAGCAUCUCACCGACUGGCACUAUCACUCAAGAGGAUAUCAAGGAAAUCACUGAUGUUUUGCAAGACGACUUCAGAUAUAAAAUGCUGGAUCGCAUGGAGCAAGAUCGCAAGUUGAUGCUGUUUCAACAUCUAGGCUUCGUUCACUGUCCGAUGCGCGAACAUUGUCCGGCCGGACCUAACUGUCUAGAUGCUACUUUACCUGUCAUACUCAACACAAGAGUCGGGUCAUUAACUUCAACGGGAGAAUCUCAGUGUCACGCGGGCCCUCCGGCGGCACCCUGGGCGCUCACGACUGACUCCAAUCAGAUCAACGUCAUCAUACUAGGCGUCGAAGGAGUAGCAGGCGAAUUUGGCAAGCGUCUCCUAGCUGGUUGUGAUUCGGAUAAGAGGGUAUCCGUUCAGAAUCAGAUGUGGCGCGUGGAGCAACGAGUACGGACUGACGACUUCAGUGCUGAGACUACGAAUAUUGAUGAUUUCACGCCUAACGGAUACUUCUGCGUGUACCAAGAUCAGGAAUCAUUCGAGUACAUUCGUGGAUGCGCCGAGAAAACGCUCCUUUCCAGCCUAGAACAGGAAGAUAAACUACCUUUCCAAGGUUUACCGCUCGUAGUAAUGUUUGUACAAGACGAAGGUAUGGAUAAGAAGGAGAUUAUGAGGCUACAGGAGGAGGGACAGAAUCUUGCUGAUAAUCUUCAUUGCUCAUAUAUGGAGGCCUCAGUGAACGAGUUAGGCACCGAAGCGCUAACUUCAGACGCUAUACAAGAAUUAGUACGUGCCAACAGAGAAAAGGCAAGCUACGCGCACCUCUAUAGAGACCUUAUUGUGUGCUUCGACUCUGAUAUACGAAUAAUGGUGUGUAUGUUCUGCGAUGACCCAUAUUCGCCUGAGCGAGUACUAAGUCCGCUUCUACUACACCGAGCUUGUUUCCUGACUGGAGACCGAUCCAUAGUUAUAGAAACCUUCUUGGGUGACUCCAAGCGAAAAGUUGAGGUUAUAAUUUCGAGUUUUCACGGAGCCACACAAUUUAGAGAGGAGCUAAUACACGGAUUUAUACUCAUCUAUUCAGCCAAGAGAAAAGCUAGUUUAGCAACAUUGAACGCCUUUUCAAUGAACAUACCCAACCUGCCAAUACAAAUGGUAGCAGUGACCGACGGCGGAGGGUCAGCAGCCAACGCGUUUUUCGGCACUGAUCUUGGCCACGCCCUUAUUACUGAAGGCAACGCUACUGCUGACAGACUUGCAGCUCACUUCACUACGUAUACUAGCAGCGCUGAGAAUAAAUCUGCUUUUUAUACACCGUUCUUCAAAGAAGUAUGGGAGAAGAAGGGUGAAAUCGAGCGCGCGUUCCGUAUGGAACAACCUCACAACUUGCCAGACGUGGCUACAGCGCGCCCGGCAACGUCGCAACAUCGUCACGGCUACCACAAGAUGGAUCAUAAACUAACCAACUCGCUGGACCUUCUCAUCGGGCCAGAUUCGCGCGCUGAUAUCGACUCUGAAUACAGCGAUACACUCAACAACUCCAAGAAUAGAGGCUUCCUCAAAGGGUUCAGCGUAUACCCGCCGCCGAGCACGCCACCAGAACCCGCGCCGCCAGAUCACAGAAUACACGCCGACCUAUCACAUGGAGGUGGGGUGUGGCAACCAGCAAGUUACGGGCACCGCGCGUUCACAACAGGCCGCGCGCGUCCUCAUCCGCCUCCGCCGAGGCAAAGGCACUCACAAACGCUCAAGCAACCUGGUAAACUGGACAUGAACAACUAUGCGAUGGUCAGCGAUGCAUUGCAGCAAAUCACCAUCGGACCGCCGCAUCCUAGAGAGAGAAAGUCGCAGCGGUCAGGAUGGUCACAUUCUGGCGGUCAGCCGGGCGGUCACCACCACCAUCCAUCGGGAGUGAGUUCCGAAACUGAGUUAGAUGCACAAUACGCACAGAUAAAGGAAACAAAUGAGUACAUGGAAGCGCCAUCUAUGAUGAGAUUAAGAAGACAUCGGAGGCACGAUAAAACACCUAUGCAUCAACCUUCAUUCUCAGAAACGGACAGCUCCGGAUCCAGCGAAGCGUCCGGCGGCGUCGCACGCGCACACGCGCGCAGGCGCACACAACACCACGCGCCAAGACACUACAAGAAACGGUCGCUAGGCAACCUGGUCGCCGUACAGAGCCCUAGAGUACCCAAACUGGGCAUGUUUGUGGGACCACCGGAACUACCGACUAGUUAUAGAGCGAGGACACAGGAGGAUAAAGCCGCGAGCGAGUCGAGCUCGGGCAGCUCGGACGGCGGCUCGGCGCGGCGCGCGCGCCCGCUGCCGCCCCCGCCCCCCGCCGCGCACGAGCCCGCGCUCAAGAUGUUGGCGGGAGAAUAUCCGUCGUCGGCACAAGACAAUUCAUCAUCGAGCGCUCCCGACUCCAGGAGAAGGCACCAUCCCUUCAGCAAGCAUGAUCGCAGGCAUAAGGAAUUCUCGAAAAGCAAAGACUCGAAGAAGAACUCAACGCAAAUGGCGAGUACGGCCUCAGCGGCGAACUGGGGACCGCAGGGAGCGCACGGGGUUCCGCUGUUCGUGGAGAAGUGUGUGCAGUUCAUCGAGAGAGAAGGCCUCGCGUCCGAAGGGCUAUACAGGGUGCCUGGUAACCGGGCGCAUGUCGAUAUGCUCUUCAACAAAUUCAACGAAGAUCCCAACGUGGACCUGGAUUCGCUAGACAUCCCAGUGAACGCUGUAGCGACCGCGUUAAAGGACUUCUUCUCCAAGAAGUUACCUCCGCUAUUAGAUGAAGCAAGUAUGGAACAGUUAGAGGACAUAGCGGCAAUGCGCGGCUGCAUCGCGGGCGGAGUGGAACUAAAAGACCGCAGCUGGCGAUUACUAGCCCUUCGCUCGCUGCUCAACAACAGCCUGACCUGUGUCGCGCGCGCCACCCUUGAUUACGUGCUGGAUCACUUCGCCAGGGUGGCGGACAACUCAAAGCUAAACUCCAUGGACAGCAAGAACCUGGCCAUCUGCUGGUGGCCCACGCUCCUACCAGUCCAGUUCUCUGACAUGGGCCGGUUCGAAAUGACGAGGCCCUACCUCGAGGACAUCGUGCAGACCAUGAUCGACCAGCACCCCUUCCUGUUCCGCGGGCAGGAGGCUUUCGUCAUGGUGUGAGACCCGCCUGAACCCACAAUGCAGGUUGCAUUCGUGUUGGAAGACGUGUGACGCAGUUGUACGGACGUGUCUACGCUCCAGUGAGUUAUAUACACUAGCGUAAGUUCCGCUAUUUAUGUACGCAAUAUUAGCCUAUCCGUUACGAAUUUAGGUAUACAAUACACUGCAUACAGCACAGACUUAUGGUCCUACCGCGGAGACUGAAGCUCACAAAUCUGUGUGUAUAUGUAUUUUGUUUAUACUCCAAUUUGAAUGAGGAGCAUCUGUGGUAGGCCCCGUGGUUUCGGCACCAUAAACACUUUAUACGUGAGGACUUGAAACUGUUGUUUGAUUGACUCGAAACAGACAAGCUUUGGGUGCUAGUAUGUUAGAUUUAUACCAAGCUGUCACUUCACUUGUGCAGUAUGAAACGGUUUUAGCCACAUACGGGCACGCCUGGUGUAUUGUUCCUUUUUCAUUGGUAAGCUAAGGAAUGUGAAACAAAGUCUGAAAUUUAAUUGUAUGAAGAAGAGACGAUACAUCAGAUUUUAAAUAUAGUAUUGGAUUUUGGUCAUUUCAACUUUUUGUUUUCGAUUAUACGAGUAAUAAACAGUUUUCAUAUCAUGCGUAGUUUAAAAGCGAAAAUGCUUGCGAUUUUCAGCUUAACGAACGAAUUUCAUUUUGUGUUUUGAAUCAAAAUCGAAUCAGUAUUUUAACUAGGUGUUAUUCAAAUUAUAUCGCAAUUUAUAAUAGCGUUAAGGUUGAAAUUCAUGCACAAACUAUUUAAUGGAAAAAGUAAAAGUUUUCUAAGCGUAAUGGUAAAGCAAUGACACCAUGUAAAGUCGCGGUUUUUGAACGAAACGCAAAUAUUAAAAAAAAAAGUUUAUAAUCUAUGGUAUUUUUGCGUUUCGUUCAACGCACCGCCAUAUUGAGCACAUUCCGUUCAGUCGUAUAAAAGUAAAAUAAGUAAUUGUUAACUAUAAAUAUUUUUAGAUAGUGAUAUUCGCGUAUUCGUUGUUUUUAAUCGAUAUCAUAGGAAUCGGUGUUGAAAUGCUUGCGAAGUUUUAACGUGUUUUUUUUUUUUCUUUUAUUUAAAGCCAGUUCAGACAUGUCAUUCGUAGUUUUUUUUUAUAAAUUCGGGCUUGUUUUAAAAACCCAGCUAUCUUUCUAAAAUAUUCAUUGUAUUUUGGCCAUUUACUUAUAUAAAGUAAACAUUAUUGUUCUAGUCAUUGGCAGCUCCCAACUACGCAUAGGUUGUUUUUUUCAUCCUCGCCCUCAUCAUAAUUUGAUAUGAUUUUUUUUAUAUUGUCAGUCAAAAAAUUUGUAUGGAAAACAUUUGGAAAACCAACCGCGUUAAUAGUCGUUUUUUACUGACCGUAAUGGAUUGAUGGACUAUAUUUUUUUUCUGCCAUGUCUGAACGGCUCAAAGGACAUUUUCCGUCCUUUUCACCCAUGAAAAACCGUAAUAGUUCAAAUAUGUAGAUACACGCUAGAUAGGUCCGUGUUACACAAAAAUCUUGCCACAGUAUUACUUUUAAAACCUGAUCCUUUUUUUAAUAUACGGAUAUUAAAUUUAAUUAAAAAAACCGAUGUUUAGCUUUAUAGUGCCAUUUUUCAGAAGUCGUAUAAUUUAAUGAAUAUAAAAAAUCGAGUCCGACCAACCUAAGUUUACAACCAUAUUGAUAGGACAGAACUUUGCAGGUGUUAAUUUGAUACAUGUAUGGCGUUAAAACCCUUGCGUAAUCUGUGGUGUCAAAAUCGUUGUCAACUUAGCUCGAUCUCACCCUUAGAUUUUGCAAACUUUUUUGCAUAAUUUCGGUCAUUUUUGUCCUUUCUAUAUCAAUUAAACUUAUAAGACACUGAUCCCACUAAAAGCGAGUAAUUUAUGAGCUAUCGGCUAUAGAAACGAACGAAAGAUAGUCGCCCCCGUGUAAAUAAAAGAGACGCCAUGAUAGCGCGAGCGAGUUAUAGUUCGUCGC